CAGACGCACUGAGUGGAAAAAUCGUAGCAGUUCCUCAGCCCUGCCAAAGAGCAGGAAAAACAAGGAAAGUGUUGAGGACCUAGACCGUUGUUACGGUUCAUGUCCAGCUCUGUUGCAGCGGUAACACUGUACCUACCUGAGGUCCACCCUGGAGGGUCAGACCAGAAGUACCAGGAGGAAGAACACGGAUUCGCGGACUGAGACCGGACAGUCAUGGGGGCUGUUCUGGGGGCCUUCUCCUUCGCAAGUUGGGUGCCGUGCUUGUGCAGCAGCGCAACAUGUCUGAUGUGCAGCUGCUGUCCUAGCAGCAGGAACUCCACCGUAACCAGGAUCAUCUACGCCUUCAUCUUGCUGCUGGGGACCAUCGUCGCCUGUGUCAUGCUGUCGCCGGGUGUUGACAACCAGCUCAAGAGGAUCCCGGGCUUCUGUAAACAGGGAGCGGGCUCUUCUAUUCCCAGCCUGCAGGUUGAUGUGAACUGUGACAUGUUUGUGGGCUACAAAGCCGUGUACCGGGUCUGCUUUGGCAUGAGCAUGUGGUUCCUGGGAUUUUCCUUUCUCAUGAUAAACAUCAAGAACAGCAGAGACCCGCGUGCUGCCAUCCACAACGGGUUUUGGUUCUUUAAGCUUGCUGCGUUGAUGGCCAUCACAGUCGGUGCCUUUUACAUUCCAGAUGGGCCUUUUACUUACGCGUGGUUCGUGGUGGGCUCUGGUGGAGCUUUCCUCUUCAUCCUGAUCCAGCUGGUGCUGCUGGUGGACUUCGCCCACUCUUGGAAUGAGGCCUGGUUAGACAAGAUGGAAACGGGGAACUCCAGGCGCUGGUAUGCAGCUCUGCUGGCCGUAACUAUCCUCAACUACAUCCUGUCAUUCACUGCCGUGGUGCUGUUCUUCAUUUUCUACACCAAGCCUGACGGAUGCUUCAUCAACAAGUUCUUCAUCAGCUUCAACAUAUUGUUCUGCAGCAUGGCCUCAGUCAUUUCUGUUCUGCCCAAAGUCCAGGAGUCUCAGCCACGUUCAGGUCUUCUCCAGUCCUCCAUCAUCACCCUGUACACCAUGUUUUUGACCUGGUCGGCCAUGACCAAUGAGCCUGACGGAGCAUGUAACCCCAGCCUGCUGAGUAUCUUCCAACGGAUCGCGGCCCCCACACUGGCCCCCCUGGAGAUAGAGAACCAGACAGCCGUGGUGAUAAUUGACACAGAGGAACCAGUCCUGACAUCCCCAUACCUGCAGUGGUGGGACGCCCAGAGCAUCGUGGGGCUUGUCAUAUUUAUCCUGUGCAUCCUCUACUCCAGCAUUCGUUCAUCCAGCACCAGUCAGGUGAACAAGCUGACCAUGGCCUCCAAAGACUCCGCCAUCCUGGCUGAGGGCGACAGCAGCCCCGACCUAUCAGCGGAGUCGACGGGGCCCAGGCGAGUGGAGGACAAUGAGCGGGACAUUGUUCAGUACAGCUACUCUUUCUUCCACUUCAUGCUCCUCCUGGCAUCGCUCUACAUCAUGAUGACCCUCACCAACUGGUACAGCCCUGAUGCAGACUACACCAUAACCAGCAAGUGGCCUGCAGUGUGGGUGAAGAUCACCUCCAGCUGGGUGUGUUUGACAAUGUACAUCUGGACCCUGGUGGCCCCCAUGAUCCUCACAAACCGAGACUUCAGCUGAUUUCACAUGAACUCUGGCCAUAUUGCCUACACAUUACUGUCAAGAUGGACUCACAUUUUAUACUUUCAGCUGGAGCUUUACUUUGUUUCUGGUUCAGUCAAAACCUGGGUCUGGUUCAGAGGUGCCAUACCAGCUGCUUCCGCUACAGGGGAUUUUAUACCAUGCGAUUUAGUAGCAGCUGCUUGUUCAUUAAACAUACCGAGGCUCUUAAUUAAUGCAGCUUUAGAAAAACAUUACAUUAUUGUUUUCUCCUGCAACGUCAAAUAUUAUUCAGAUUGAAUCAAAUAUGUUCUUCAUAUUUACAUUGUUCCAGAAGAUGAAUGUUGUGUUUCAGUAUAACAGCCACCCUUGUUACAGUGUUAACAAUGAGGGUGGUUUUGUGAAUUGCAUACAGUAGUGAGCUGAUAUAGUUUGCUGCUCUGCCUUCCAAUGCCUUAUAUGUCUGUAAACAAUCUGAGAUAUUUUAACAUACUGUAAGGAUUAUUAAGAACAUGUGUAGUAAACCACAUGACGAAUGUCUGCCAAA